AUGGAUAGGAUGAGUAAAUCCACAGUCCCUGAGAUGAAAAGACAUGGAAAGACCGGAGUAUUCAACAACGGCCAACAACGAAAGGUCACCGCCGUUUCUGCACCCAUCAUGCCCCGUGAUCGACUCCAAGCCAUGGUAGACGACUUUGAUGAAAAAGAAAAGACUGCUUUUGCCUGGAAAAUGCAUUGCCUCUACAACAAAAAGAUUGAGUAUUGGUACGUCUUCCUACCGCCCGAAAAGUACUGCUCGAGCAACGCCUUUGUCCCCAUCCAGUACAAUUCACUACUUCCACCUGGUAUCAAAAAGAGCCAAAUCAAAAGGGAGACCGCAUCUCUUGUGUUGAAAAAGGGUACCCAAGGGAUCCAUUUUGCCAUUGGAUGGCAGGAACUCUAUGUCAUGCUACUGGAGUAUGGAAUCUUUGCCAACGAUCCAUUCUUUGACGACGAGCCAAAGCUCGUUCCGGCUCGCGGUAGAGUUCCAGAGCUGAUUGGGUUCCAAGCGGCAGCCUUGGAUUUGUCGGACACAGACGACAAGAGUCCCACCAUGGGAUCGAUCCUAUGCGAAACAAAGCGAUACCGCAAGGCGACUCGGGGCAUCAAGAACUAUACCAGUAAUACUCCAAGUCAACAAGAAACUUUGAUUUGUCGAAUCAAGCGCAAGUCUGAUUCGGAACCCAAUGGCGAAUGGAAUCCAGCCGUCCAAAGCAAUUCGAGAUUCACAAGGGGUUCCAAAAAGGCUAGAUACGAACAGGAAGAAAGGGAAGCCAAGACUGCUAUGGAUCUCAAGCCGGCGACAAGCGGCAAUCUCAACAAGGCAGCGGUCGCUAGCACACACCAACAAAAUGAUGAUACCGCACUCCAUUCUGCUGUGCAAGAAGAUCCUACUGUAGUCAAGGACUCCAAGACCAACCUUCCUUCCUCUCAAGAUGGGAAUUGGAUACCAUCUACUCCCCCCACUCCUCCAGUUCAAUACUGGCUAGAGAACUAUGCUCAUGGCUCGAUAUAA